AUGUCCCUGCAGUCAGUGACUGCAGUAAAUUGCGCAGGUGUGUUACAGCCAGGCUGCUCCCUUCUGCAGCUGGAUGGGGAUGUCUUCCUGUUUGGCCAGAAGGGCUGGCCCAAGCGGGCCUGUCCUACAGGGGUUUUUAAGGUGCGCCUGAAGAAAGGGGAGCUAAGGCUAAGAGCCAUCUCCUUCUCCAAUGACUCAUGCUAUCUGCCUCCUUUGCGUUGCCCUGCUGUGACCCAUCUCGAGGCCUUGGACGGUGACCCUGAUUGUUACUUCAUCCAUGGUGGCCGUACCCCCAACAACGAGCUCUCUGCAAGCCUGUACCUGCUUAGUCCAGACAGUCGUGGUUGUAACCGCAAGGUGACACUACAAUGCCAGGAAAAGGAGCUCACUGGGGAGUUGCCAGGAGCUCGUUAUGGCCACACAAUCAGUGUGGUGCACAGCAGGGGUAAGAGGGCUUGCGUCCUCUUUGGGGGUCGGUCUUACAGGCCCCCAGGGGAGAGGACCACAGAGAACUGGAACAGUGUGGUGGACUGUCCCCCGCAGGUGUACCUCAUUGACCUGGAGUUUGGCUGCUGCUCCGCCUACACUCUGCCUGAGCUCACUGAUGGACAGUCCUUCCACCUGGCUCUGACACGUGAAGACUGCGUAUACAUCCUGGGGGGGCACACCCUGUCGUCUGAUUCCCGCCCACCACGCCUCUUCCGUCUGAAGGUGGAGCUCCUCCUUGGUAGCCCCAUGCUCUCCUGCGAGACCCUGGACUCUGGCCUGUCCCUGACCAGCGCCAUUGCCACCCGCAUUGGCCCUGGCUACGAGUACAUUGUCUUGGGAGGUUACCAUUCCGAGACCCAGAAGCGCCUGGAGUGUAGCCGGGUGAUCCUAGAUGAGGUUGGAAUUCAUAUCGAGCCCACAGAGCCACCACCGUGGACCAGUGAGAUCAGCCACAGCCGGACCUGGUUCGGUGGGAGCCUGGGGGAGGGGAGUGCUUUGAUUGGUGUCCCAGCAGAGGGAAGGCCUGCCCCGCCCGACUCUCACUACUUCUACCAGGUGAGCUUCAAGCUGGAGGGGGAGGGGGAUGCUGAGGAUGCCACCCAGGGCUGCAGCCAGGAGUCCACUGACUUUGAGGACUCGGCUCCGCUGGAGGACUCGGAGGAACUCUACUUCAGCCGGGAGCCAUAUGAGUUGGAGGACAGCAGCGGUGAGGAGGGGGACACCUACAAUGAGGAGGAUGAGGAGGACGAGUCUCAGACGGGGUACUGGGUGAAGUGCUGCCUAGGUUGCCAGGUGGACGUCAACACAUGGGAGCCGUACUACUCCACAGAGCUCUCCCGGCCAGCCAUGAUCUUCUGCUCCAGGGGAGAGGGUGGGCACUGGGUCCAUGCCCAGUGCAUGGAUUUGUCUGAGAUACUCCUGAUGCAGCUCUCUCAGAACAACAGCAAGUACUACUGCCUAAACCAUGGGGGUCUCGCCCGUCAGGAAAUGCAGACCCCGCCUCGCACAGCCCCACCUCUCAAGCGCAUCCCUAUGAAGAUGCAGCACCGGAAAGCCCCCAUAAAGCUGAAGAUGACCCCAGCCAAGAAGAGCUUCCUCAGGAGGCUGUUUGACUGA